CGCCCGCUAACAUGUUGAGACAAACAGUGGUGCAGAACAUUACUCGCCAACUGGAAGCAACGAAUAAAAAAUCCUCGACAACGAAAGAGGCACUCAUAAUGAAGUCUCCGUUGGUAUCCAGCACACCCAGUUGGUUCGACAAAGCCAUGUCCAGAUACACUGUCGUGCCCAAAGACAAAGUACGAAGGGUGAUUAUCGUCACGUACUUUCGGGCCGGCUCCAGCUUUGUCGGCGAGCUCCUCUCCUCGACGCCAAACACUUUCUACUAUUUCGAGCCUCUCAAAAUGUUCAGUGGAAAUGCCAGGGUCAGUGGCAAAGCGGUGACCAAUGCCUCGGCUUUAGUCAACCACCUGUUUCGCUGCGACUUCCUGCGAGCCCCGCAUUACCUCCGCUGGGCUUACAAAGACGAUGACUUUUUUAGAAGGAACCGCUUUCUCUGGACCCUGUGCAAGGGUCAACGUCCGGUCUGCUUCGAUGCCGACGUGGUCACCCAAGUUUGUUCCCGUGCGUCUGUUCAUGUGAUGAAGGUUACGCGGUUGCACAUGUCUCACGUUCGCGACUGGUUGCGUAGCAACCCGGACAUAGCCGGGUCUGUGAAGAUUGUUCACCUGGUGCGCGACCCGCGAGGCAUUCUGGCUUCGAGGAGACGCUUGCACUGGUGCAACGAGUCCAAGAGUUGCGUCCACCAGGACACACUCUGCUCAGAACUUCGCGCUGACCUCGAUACAUUCGAGGAGCUCCGGAGGGCGUUCCCGAACAGCACGUACAGAGUUCGAUACGAAGACGUGUCUCUGGACCCCAAGAGAGAAUCCCUGAAGCUGUUUGGCGCCCUUGGACUGAACUACACAACGUCAGUGUCUGGUUUCCUGGAUACGCACACCAAGCCGCGAAAGGCAUCCGCGUUGAACCCGUAUUCAACGUGGAGAAACUCAUCCGCGGUCACGUUUCAGUGGAGGACUAAGUUAAGUUACAAAGACAUCGUGGACAUUCAAGAGUCCUGCGUGGACGUGCUCCUUCGGUUAGGCUACAGGACAAUAAUCAAGGAAAAUGAAUUAUUGGAAGGAAUGCCGUUAGUUCCUGUGCCUAACUUAACAGUGCAGCCGGUAGAAACACAACGCUAAGGGUAUCUUAAGAGACUGCAGGCUAGAGAAUUCAUGAGGAUGCACAUGCUCCCUGCUACUCGACUACGCUUUCUAUGCGUGAUAGUAAAUCUGCAACCUUAACCCGCUAUAAUGGUCUAUUGGUUAUGGUGCUCGACUGCUGACCUGAAGGUCGCGGCAUCGAAUGCCGGCCGCGGCGGCCGCAUAUCGAUGCCAGCGAAAUGCUCGAGGCCCGUGUACCUAGAUUUAGGUGCAGGUUACAGAACACCACAUGGUCAAA